AUGAAACCAGACGCGAUCUACAAAUGCAGCAUGUUGACCCGUUAUCAUCAUGCACUGAACUCUCGUGUACAAAACAUCAACACCGUCCACGAUUUACAGCAUGCGUUCACACAUGCUCAAAGCGGCGCUCGCCGCGUCCUCUUUUGGUACAUUCUCCCUCUUGGUGUAUAUGUCCAAACACGACUAACUUUCCCACAAGCUAUUACAGCUCAAGCGCAGAUCUCACAACAAUGUGUGGCCUCCGACGUCUGCUUCGAGCUGAACAUCCCCGCUACAACAGCUCAAACAGGCAGCGGCGAUAUAUUCUUCUCAAUCAGUGCGCCAACGACCUACUCUUGGGUUGCUCUCGGUCAAGGAAGCAACGGCAUGACCAAUGCCAACAUCUUUAUGAUCUAUCAAGAUGGUCGCGGCAAUGUCACUCUCUCGCCCCGGCAUGCUGUUGGAACAACAAUGCCUCUAUUUGACCCUGAGAUUGAUGUCGAAUUAUUGGGCGGAAGUGGUGUGUCCAACGGCACCAUGAUGGCCAACAUCAAAUGUGGAAACUGCGAGAGCUGGCAAGGUGGUAAUAUGGACUUCACAGCCACCAGUGGAGGCUUUAUCCACGCCCGACUCAGCGGUCCAUCGCUCGACUCUACCGAUGUUGAACAAGCCGUCAAUUUCCACAGCAGCUACGGAGUAUUCUCAUGGCCUUUUUCAUCGGCUGUCGGUGGUGCAAGCGUGAACCCCUUCGAGGACGCCACUCUCACAGCCAACACCACAACCUCUGCUGCCGGCGGUGGUGGCUCCGGCAUCAACGAUGCCGCCGUGCUCUGGUGUCAUGGCAUCUUCGCCUCCGUCGCCUUCGUCUUCCUCUUCCCCCUCGGCGGAAUUCUCAUCCGCGUGGGCAACUUCCCAGGCCUCAUCUGGGUCCAUGCUGGCCUCCAAAUGUUUGCUUGGGUCCUUUUCAUGACAGCCUUUGGCUUAGGACUGUACUACGGCAUCAUGGACAAUUACAUGCACGAGGCCCAUCCAAUCAUCGGCAUCGUCCUCGUCGCUAUGAUGCUCGUCCAACCUCUCUUCGGCUGGCUGCACCAUCUCCGCUUCGUACGCACCGGCGGCCGCACCGUCUUCUCGCACAGCCACAUCUGGAUCGGUCGAAUAGCCAUCAUCCUUGGCAUGAUCAACGGCGGCCUUGGCAUGAAACUAUCCGGCGUCACCAACAGCUACUACAUUGUCUAUUCUGUCUUUGCAGGCGUGCUCGGCCUGUCGUACAUCGCCUCCAUCAUCUACGGUGAGACGACGAGGAAGAGGAAGCUUCAGAAUGGCUCUCUCGGCGACAGGGAGAAGCUCGGGAAUACAGAACAACAGGCUGCUUUCCAUCGGCCAAGUGACGCGCAAGCAGGCACGAAUACCAGGUUGUGA